AUGGGGAAAAGCGAUUACUCUCGAACAGUGGCGGGCAGUGACUCCGGGUAUGGCGGAGACGAGGCGACAGACAGGUCGUCUUCCUCCCUGCACCCUCUAGCUCGGAAGGGCUAUGAGAUCGGCCCGGCGUCCAAGUUGCAGAUAGGAGAUGUCUUCGAGUUCCUCUGGGCCGACUGCCCUGAAUUCGAAUACGAGUGGAAGUGUCUGGGGUACACCAGAUUCAUCGUGCUCCGGCAUUCCGAUAGCUUCCCUAUGCACUGCGCUUGCGUGCCAAUAUCAGUAGGCAACAAGAGGAAUUUUGCGAAGCCAGGCAUCGACACGCUACAGCAAGGGCAUGUCUACGCCUCUGGGGUCCGGGACCGAGAUCGCGACAGCGCGGAUCCCCAAACACCAAGCCAGCACGACAGUGGCCAUUCGCAACUCCCGUACUCGUCCGUCGGCAUUAACUUGCACAGCGGACGUCACAAAGUAAAGGAGGACUCCCGCGCGAACUACGCUGAUGUUGUCGAGGUGGAUCAUGAAGCACAGGUCAUGGUGGUCGGUGAUGUGGUCAAAUACUUUGACCGGGUGCGCAAGAACGUGAACAAGGCGUUCAUGCGACAGAUUCUGCGGGACGCCUUGGGCGACUACUGCGAGCGCAAGCGAAGCGAGUCUCAGGCUGCUGGGACCAGGGGAUGGGGCAACAGCACAGCGUCGCUUAUCAAGACGGCACAGAGCCACCCGGAGGGCGACCAGCCCGCCCCAGACGAGGCUGACCCCCUCCACGACAAGCAGCCUGAGGAUGUCCAGCAAGAAAGUGUGCAACCUGAGCACAUGCAGCCGGAACAUCCACAGCCUGCAGUCGCGAACCCGGCGGAAAGGGAGGCCGAGGAGAGCUCAAGUGAUGGCGCGAAGGAGGAGAGCGAAGAACGGGAACAGCCGAGUACCAGUGGUUCUCACCCACCUCGCACCGCAGAACACCGUGCCGCCAGGACCGCGUCACGGGCAAGGACGCAUUCAAGUACACGUUCGAGGAACCACUCAAGAGCAGGUAGUCCCGCCCGAGAGGCACAGUUGGGGUUGAAGCCGGGCAUGGACCGGGCUGGGCUGCAGAGCCUGCGCAACCUCAGGCGUGGAGCGGCCAGCGAGGACCAAGACGAUACGCUGUCUCUGCGGUCGCUAGCCAUGGUGGGGAGGACUGAUUCGGGCUCGUCGAGGAAAUCGCGGAGGUGA